ACUAGUCAGUGCGAGCACCUCCUCACUCCGGCACGGUGGAGGACACUUCCGAAGUCCUAUUUCUAUCGACCUUAAACGCCGGUUUUCAUUCUCUACGGGUUGGACUGGGAAUAAAGAAGGACGGCGUCCCGAAAGGCGUUUAUAACUUUUUCUCCGCUGGUUCUCGCGGGUGAGCCCCGCCAUUGUCGGGAGGUUGCUAGCGAAUCUUUUGGAGUGUGAAAUCUUCACUUGAAUUGCGACACAAGUUUCGCGCUUUAUCGAGUAUAUCAUGUGGAAUGACUCACUCAAAUGACGCCUUACCGAUUCUUAUAGCCAUGUCCCCACUUAAUGUUGGUACGUACGAUGCAUUGCUGCCUGGACGAAACCACCAUUUUACACCACUGAUUGAGAUGAAGUAGAAAGCCUCAACAUAAAUUGACAACCACUUUCGCAAUGCCAACUCCCAAGGCCUACCUCUUCUCGCCACAAGAACAUAGCCAACUAAUACCGGAUCUCGCUGCCCUGCACAAGUCUUGCAUCAUACAUGACCAGACCAUCGCUUAUUUCCUUCCGCCGCUUGAGGAUGCGAAACUUCAGAAGUACUGGGAGGACGUGGUGAAGGAAAUAGACUCGGGAACGCGAUUUAUCAGCAUCUUGCUCAACGAAUCUGAAUCAGGCACCAAGGCCAAGGGGUCGGAGCUCGUGGGGGUUAUCACACUUAUCAUGCCCCCAAGCGAGACUGGUCCUUUCCGUGGGAUCGUCGAGAAGCUCUUCGUCAGUCCUGAUUUUCGAGGAAAGGGGGGUUCUAGACUGUUGAUGAAUCAUCUAGAGGCGGAAGCGUUGAAAAGGGGAAGAACAUUGUUGAUGCUUGAUACCGAGAUUGGCAGCGCGGCUGAGAAAGUGUACCCGAGACUUGGGUUCACCGAAGUGGGCAGAAUUCCUAGAUAUGGGAUUAGCCCUGCGGGAGGGUUGAAAGAUGAGGUGUUCUAUUAUAAGCAUUUGCAGGUGAAAGAGGAAGGUAAUCGAUGACCUAUACAACUCGCAGGUAACCGUCCGCUCUGAAUAGGUACCCAUUUAUAUAUGAAAAUUA